AUGAACGCUCACUCGAAGGAGCAGGCGGCCGCGGCCGAGAAGGAAGCUGAGGCCGCCGAGGUAGAGGAAGGGGAGGAGGAAGCGAGCGCCGAGCAAGUGUCGGACUUCCAGGAGAUCGAUAAGCUGCAGGAUCUCGGCGUCAACGUGGCCGACAUCAAGAAGCUCAAGCUUGGAGGAUGCCACACCGUAGCCAGCCUUCUCAUGAACACCAGAAAGAACCUUCUGGCCAUCAAGGGCAUUUCAGAGGCCAAGGUGGACAAGAUCCUCGAAGCAGCUGGCAAGCUCCACUUCGCCAGCUUUAUGACCGGGUCGGAGAUGCUCAACAAGAGGAAGGAGGUCGUCAGGAUCACCAUGGGUUGUACUGCUCUUGAUCAGCUUCUCGGUGGCGGUGUCGAGACCAUGUCAAUCACCGAAGUCUUUGGUGAGUUCAGGACUGGUAAGACGCAGCUGUGCCACACACUGUGCGUCACUACGCAGCUGCCACUCAACAUGAGCGGAGGCAAUGGCAAGGUGGCUUACAUCGACACUGAGGGCACCUUCCGCCCUGAACGGAUCAAGCCGAUUGCCGAAAGGUUCGGCCUGGACCCUAUGGCUGCGCUCGACAACAUUGUAUACGCUCGAGCCUUCACGCACGAACACCAGCUGGAGCUCAUCGUCCAGAUUGCUGCGAAGAUGGUCGAAGAUCAGUAUCGCCUCUUGAUCGUGGAUUCCAUAACGGCUCUGUUCCGCGUGGAUUACUCUGGUCGAGGCGAGCUGGCCGAGAGGCAGCAGAAGCUCGGCCGCAUGCUGAGCAAACUGCAGAAGAUCGCAGAGGAGUUCAACGUCGCCGUCUUCAUCACCAACCAGGUGACUGCCGACCCUGGCGGUGGCGCCAUGUUCGUUGCCGACGCCAAGAAGCCCAUCGGAGGGCACGUGCUUGCUCACGCCUCGACGACUCGCCUGUCCCUGAGGAAGGGCAGAGGCGAACAGCGCAUCUGCAAGAUCUUCGACUCGCCGUGCCUGCCCGAGACCGAGUGUGUCUACCAGAUCUCAAACGAAGGCAUCACCGACGCGAAGGACUGA